AUGUCCCAAAACUCUUUUCACUACUCGCAGCUAUCACUGUCAAGUCCGCCAACAACCCCAGAACAAAUAAGAGCUCAACAACAACAGCAACAACGAGAAGAAGCUUCUCACCAACAAGAGCAACAACAACAAGAAGCUUCUCAACAACAACAGCAACAGCGGGCUCCACAAGAACGGUCUCCUCCACAAGAACGGUCUCCACAGCAACGGUCUCCACGACAACGGGCUUUACAACAACAAGCUCCACAACAGCAAGCUCUUCCUGUUCAACAACAACGAGCUCCACAACAACAGGCAUCACAACCACAAGCUUCACAAGAGCAAGCUUCACAACCACAAGCUCUACCUCUUCAACAGCAAGCUCCACAACAACAAACUCCACAACCAGGACCUAUUGUGCCUCCAGACGUAAACAAUUGGUUGCAUGAUAUCACUGUACCAGAAGCUUUCGAAAUUCAAGCUGCAGGUCUCAUGGAUCAUAUUCAAUACAAGUGUCGACUAGCUAUUCAAUUCCUUGGGAUAUUUCCUAAUGAUGGCGAGGAGGUGGUGGAGCAACAACAUCAUCAACAAGGAUCUCUGUUCCAGAAACUUUGUAUUACUAUUCUCAUGGCAGUGAAGGUGAUGGUGUAUGCAAUCGUGUUCGUACCCAAGGAGAUUGUCUUGAGCCUCUUUGCCUAUAUCGACAUGUGUGUUUUCUCGACCAUUUUCAACUUUAUCCUUUUCCACCUAAAGAACUUGGGUUAUUGUCGCAGUGAUCGCCCGUAUGUUGAUGCACACAGGCUGUUCUCGGUUCGUGGCGUGGAAACAAGAGCAGGGAGAUCCAGAGUGGCCAUUCGUAUCUUAGCCAUAUGGUUCGCAGUUGAAUUGUUGAAAUCAUGCGUGGAUAUCAGUGUCACCGAAGCCAUUGACAACAUGUCGCCCUUGUGGAAAACCCCAAAGACCAUCGAGUGGAACGCUGGCAUGGAAGUAACGACCUUUACAGAUAACACGGUUUCCAGGAAACCGUUGCCAUUGUUGUUGUCAAAAAAAGAGCCACCACCACCAAAUCACGUGUCAUCCUCACCAUGUGCCCAGCUACUCCAUAACUGUAUCGCAUCAAAGUUGCCACGAUGGUUGUCCAUGAGCGACAUGGGUCCCAAUGCCCUUUUAUGCAAAGCGUGUAAUCGUUUCUUGACGGGUUGUGAAUGUCACCAAGAGAAGAAGGAAGAGCUGCCUCCUGAUGCUGCAUUGGCCACCCAUGGAUCGCGUGUCAUUGCAGGCCUGACAUCACCAACUUUCCAGCAAGGCGGCCUAUUUUCCAUAUUCAAACGACUUCAACGACGACCACGCCCUAGUCCUAUCACUGCCAUUUUGCCUUGGAAGGAACCUGGUGAAUGUUGGCCUAUGGCUGGUAAUCAUGGAUCCCUUGGUGUGGAGUUGAGCCAACCUGUAUCAGUCAAAGCGGUCUCGAUCGAUUCUUCGGAUCAUCCCUUGAGCAUGGCCAGUGCACCAGCGGAUUUUGAAGUGUGGGGAUUGAUCCAGUACUACGUCGACGACCAUCAUCGAUCUUGGAAGUAUCCUUGGGAUUCCUUUGAUUCUAUGAUGGAUGGCAACAUCUUGUUCCUGGGUCGGUUUAUAUAUGACUCAGCAAGAGGCCCUGCUGUACAAACAUUUGAGAUCGAUGAUCAUGUCGACUUACCUCCCGUCAAGGCCGUUGUAUUCCGUUUUCUCAAUAAUUGGGGCCGUGAUGAUUACACAUGCAUCUAUCGCGUUCGUGUCCAUGGUGAAAAUUAG